AUGGUGGAUGAGCAACUCGUAGUUGGCCUCGGGACUUGUUUGACUUUUGACUUUUCGGGCACGAGGAGAGGAUGGGGAUGGGGAUGGGGGUGUAUGGCGUAUAGACCACAUCAGCAUGUGAUCAUGGUCCCACCAACCACUGCUCACGUCCACCCUUCUGGGUUUAUUGGGCUGCCCUCACUGAACCUUGACAUUCCCCUCCUCCACGUCAACGUCAACAAUGGCCACGGAGCGUUUGAUAUCAUCCAAACUCAGCAAAUCCAUCCAAACAUACCCUACGUCAAUCACAAGACACAUGGUGUGAGCGAGCAAGAUCCAAUAGUCAUCAGCGACAGUGAUGACGAGGUCGUUACAACCAUCCCAAAAAGCUCCAACAACCAUCAUGCACACGCUCAACCUCUCCAACCGCCCUCCAUACGCUCUGCAAGGGACAAACGCAAGCCGUUCUAUCAUCAGUCUCAACAACUGGGCUCGCCGUCGCCGUCGUCGGUCCCGUUGACCUGGUAUCAACUUCGACAAUAUGCGUCGGAUCGCCUGCGCCCCAUCAAGUGUCACUGGAGGGAAUGCGACACCUUACUGGCCACUCCGGAUCUGCUCAGAAGACAUGUGCAAGUACAUUGCGCCCAAGCCAUACCAAUUGCUGCGAUGCGGAGACGGAAGGGCGGCUUUCCCGGUGCAGGUUGCGAAUGGGAUAAGUGUGAAGAAUUCGGCUUUUACAACUCGCAAUCGCUCGCAGGACAUGUCAUCAAGGAGCAUAUUGAUCCCCUGAUCUCUUCUUGGUGUCCUUUUGCUGCCAUAGAGCACUUGGACCGUUGGGAUGCUCGUACACUUCUCCCUCCUCUCGAGCACUCUCUGUCCAUGCCGAGUGCAGUCACAAGACACUAUGGACCUUGUGUAUGGCGUAUAGAUGUCGGCCACAAUGACGGGACCUGA